AUCGUGUCGUUGUCCGGAAGGGAGUGUUUUUCUCUUCCUCUCGUAAUACACACAUUUUCCUCGUAGUGGCUCCUCUCUGUUCUGUUCCAUUGUUUCGCUGCUGGAAGAAGAUUGUUGAUCAUUGUUUUGCUGCAUCCGCGAAAGCAAUGCGCAGACAAACCGCAGCUCCCAGCAGCUACGAGGAGAGUCCGUUCUAUGCCUUCGUCGUUCGAUGGUCAGCAUCCGCGGUCCGUAGCAGAGCAGUGUAGCAGUAGCAGAUACUAGAGGCCAGCCACCGCACUAGUGAUUACCCGUCGUCGUGUGUCCUGAUUGUAUCAUCGAACCCCCGGGGUAGAUGUCCGGCGGGAGUAUUUAUGUAGUGACAUUCGGUUCGUUUCGCAACGGAACACUUUCCGUUUGGUGCCGUAGUUUUCUCUGACCUGUGGGGAAUGUUACCAGCAGCAGUCCCGAGUGUAGUGCCAUAGAGCAGCUUAACGUCUCGUUGUAGUUCCUUUCGUGCGUCUUUUUGCUGUCGCAGGUGGCGGCAUCGUGUAGUAGUAGUUCUUAAAGCAAAUGGUUCUCGCGUUUGGUGUAGUGUAGAUAUUGGCCGGGUUUAUUUGUAGACGGCCCCACAAUAGUUCACGAGUAGAAACGGCCAUCUAGUAUUCUCGUUGUUUGCUUUGUUGGGAGAGCAGCGCUUAUCGAAGCGUGCCUUGACGGAAUAAGUUUACCGUGCAUAGUAGUUCGUGCAGAGUGGUGCGCAGAUCACAUCCGAAUCCGUCGGUCGAUGCUACGCCAGGGUGGCUGAACAGCGUCGUGGGUCGGGUGAACCAAGAAGUAUUCGCAAGCAUAAAGGAGCACACCGUCGAAGGACCAUCAUUCCUUGGGCCUGAAUCUCGCCGCUGGAACCGAUGGUCCGAAAUAAAUAUACGCUCACAACGGCUGGCAAAUCGCCGAGUAAGAAAUCGCGCACCAGCAGCAUCAGCAAGCAGCACGAGCACAAUUGCAACGACGACGGCGAAACCGGCAAUCUGGCAGAAAGCGGGAGCAGUAGCAGCAGUAGCAGCAGUGCCGAAGCCAGCGACCCCACCACGGCCAAGCGAUGUGACAGUGGCUCGGUGCACAAGCAGAAUCUUUACAUCAUUUCGUUCCCCGUUAUCUUUGUGUUCAACAUUUUGCGCUCGCUGCUGUACCAGCUCUUCGUGAUCUUUCGCUACGUGUACAACUUCACUAGCAAGGUCGUGUACAGGCCGGUACGGAAAGAGUGUGGCCUCGAAAUCGUGAUCAACACCGACGGUUCCGGGCACCAUCAUCACCAUCACCAUCAUCACCAUAGCAACCAUACGUCGGUGGCUGGUCAGCAUUCACAGCAGCAGCAGCAGCAGUACAGUCCUUUGCAGCAACCACCAUUCCAGCAACAGCAGCAGCAACCACAACAAGCGCAGGAAGAUUUACCCCAACAGCAGGCACAUCCCCUGCAGUGUUCCCACAGCGGUACACUAGUGAGUGGGGGCGAGGGUCGCGAAAUGUCCAUCCAGCGUUCGGCAAGCGGGAGUCAGGUGGGUCCGGGCGAUCCCCUGCUCGCCAAACAGAAGCAUCAUCAUCGACGUGCCUUCGAGUACAUCUCGAAAGCGCUAAAAAUCGACGAAGAUAAUGAAGAUCAAAAAGAGCUGGCCAUUGAGCUGUACCGGAAGGGCAUUCUCGAGUUGGAGCGUGGUAUCGCCGUGGAAUGCUGGGGUGGUCGGGGCGAGGUGUGGGAACGAGCGCAGCGACUGCAUGAUAAAAUGCAGACCAACCUUUCGAUGGCACGAGAUCGGUUACACUUCCUCGAGUGCAUGUUGGCCGCGACACGGCUCGAGUUGAUGAACGAAACAGAACAGACGACACGGAGUGAGAAAAAUCAAAGCCACCGACAUGCCGUGGUACGUCGGCAGAACACAUUCACACUUAGCGAUACGAACAUGACCCUCGACGAGGCACAAACAGCCAACAACACCGGUCAUAACCACUCAUCGUCAUCGUCGACCGUGCCAUCAUCUUCUGCAUCCUCGGCGUCCUCGUCCCCAUCGAUCUUCGGCAGGUUCAAGCUUCCCCUGUUUAUCCCAUCCGCGCUGUCGGGAGCAAACACGGCUUAUCAGGAUCCUAGAUCGAAGCAGUGUCGAGCCGCCGCUACCGAGAACAAGAUAAUAUCAUUUAAUGAAAAUUGCCCAACAACGUCACCGUCUGCGUCUAGAAGUGGCGGGACCACUCCGACCACGCCGACGGGAGGAUGUACGGGCCUGACCGCGGAUAAAACGGUGGGGACGAGGGCGACGGCGAUGGCAGCACCACCGCAAACGAUGUCCGUUAGGCAAACCAAUCAUGAAGCAUCGGGCCGGAAAUUAACGGUUGGCUACAAGCGUCCUGGCAACCUAGGGAUGAUGAAUAAAUCGCAGACCCUUCCGCGCAGUAUGGGCGGCAGCAGGACAACACCCACCGGCGGUACCGGCGCCAUCGCCGGAGGACUCAUGAAUGGUGGUGGUACGACAGGAGCAGGAUACGGUGCUGGGGCUACGACUGGCGGCGGCAUGCCAAAGAUUGUGCCAAAACCGGCCGCAACGCCCCCCGCCAUUAGGCGCCAGUUUUCGAUUCCUGGCGGUUCGCCAAUUCGCAAGGCGGCUAACGGAAGCAAAGGUGGAGCCCCGGUACGUUCGAAAACGCCACUUAACGGUCAGCAACCGCAAUCGACACAAACUGGUGCAGGGGCCCAGCAGCAGCAGCCAACGAUUUCCGUAAAGGGCGUCGAACCGAAGUUGGUGCAGCUGAUCAUGGACGAGAUCGUGGAAGGUGGAGCAAAGGUGGGCUGGCAGGAUAUUGCUGGGCAGGAGGUAGCUAAACAGGCACUGCAGGAGAUGGUGAUACUGCCUUCGAUGCGCCCCGAACUGUUCACCGGUUUGCGAACACCCGCCAAAGGACUGCUUCUGUUCGGACCACCGGGGAACGGUAAAACGCUUCUCGCACGAGCCGUCGCGACGGAAUGUUCGGCUACGUUUUUCAGCAUAUCGGCAGCCACAUUGACUAGCAAGUACGUUGGUGAGGGUGAGAAGCUGGUACGCGCCUUAUUUGCCGUCGCCCGGGAACUACAACCAUCGAUCAUAUUCAUCGAUGAAGUCGAUUCGGUGCUGUCCGAGCGCAGUAGCAACGAGCAUGAGGCUACGCGCCGGUUAAAAACCGAGUUCCUGGUGCAAUUCGAUGGUCUGCCGGCAAACUCGGAAGCCGAUAAGAUAGUGGUGAUGGCGGCCACUAAUCGGCCCCAAGAGCUCGAUGAGGCCGCUUUGCGGCGGUUCCCAAAACGUGUUUACGUUACGCUGCCCGAUCUCGAUACCCGCGAGCUACUGUUGCGCCGAUUGCUACAGAAACAGGGAAGCCCACUCGGUGACGGCGAUCUACGGCGCCUCGCACUACUAACCGAGGGCUACUCCGGAUCAGAUCUGACGGCUUUGGCACGAGAUGCCGCACUCGAACCGAUCAGAGAGCUAAACGUGGAGGAGGUGAAAAAUAUGGACCCAACUAAACUGCGCAGCAUCCGAGAGGAUGACUUCCACAACUCGCUCAAACGUAUCCGGCGCUCGGUCGCACCGCACAGCCUUGCGGCAUACGAAAAGUGGUUGCAGGACUUUGGAGACGUUACACUGUAAUGGAAUGGUUACAUGGUUGUACGCGGCGCGGGAGCGGUUCCCAUCCCGGCAGCUCACGGAGAACGCACAAACCUCAAAACCACCCUCCCCUAGUGUACUAGUCGGUUCCACCUCAGGCUGUCGAUGUGUGGACCGAACCUCUGAACAUCAGAGACUCGUUGUAGAUGUAUUAAUUACUGGUAAUUGUAUUUGAUUUCAUUUGUUGAAAAGAUGAGUUCUUUGCUAUGUGUGCGCUUGUCGCCAGCUUGCCGUCAUUAGAUUGCCGUUGGUUCAAUGCUUCGAGUCGAGCAGAAGCUCGUCACCUUUGUUUUGCGAGCGUCAGGAAGACGAGCGGCAGAAAUUUGCCGCUGGCGGUACAAAAUAGGAGACUGUUAUUGUGAAAAUAAUCUCUGUAAAAUAUAAUUUUAGUUUGCUGUUCUUAUAUCUUUAUUGCCUAGAUUUGUUGUAUAUAUUAUCAUCCUUUUUCUAUUCGCUAGUUUACCUUACUGUAUUCAUUGCGUAUGCAUUUUUGUGAUCAAUGCUGGCACAUCGAUAUACAGCUGCCCGCCACACUCCUGAUGGGAUACGAAAGGAAUCACCUCGCGUUGGUAGAGGAACUAUUGGGCGUGCAACAAAAGGUGCGGAGAAGACAAAACAAAAACAAAAGAGAAAAAAGAGAAUCGGACAGAUCGAGCGAAUGGUUUUGGGAUGAUUUCACUUUACCAAGAUAGCAAUUUUUACUGUUUUACAAUUAUUUGCUACUUACUUCCAAACAUCUAGCAGUAUUUUGAAAAGAAAAGCUUUUUAAUGAAAAACAAACAAUUAGAAACUGAGAGAAAAUGUUCAAUACUUUUUUUUUUUCAAAAAUAAUCAUACUGCAGCUGGCAUUAAUGAAGGUUGUGAAUCAUUCCCAUUACCAGUUAUUUUUUAGUUCAGCAACAUAACAUAACCACAUCUAAUGUAUUGUUUAUACUGAGGAAAAUGAUCUUGACACAAUAGGCAUCCGCCGCUUUGUGCUUCGACGAGAAUUAAAAAUCUUUGCACAAAAAUUGAAAUGAAUGUUUCUUCGUUUAGUUUUCCAAUAGUCAAGGAAAUGGUUAAUGCAAAAGCAAUACGGCAAAAGCAAAAGCUUCAGCGCUGGCUUUAUGUUUGGCAAUCAAUUGGAUUAAAGAAAAGAAACAUACACACAACAGAAUGAGCCCAUUUAUAAAUACAAAAACAAAACCGUUGCCUUGCUUCGAACAGAACAGCACACCCGUAGCGAUGUUCUACCAAGCCACAACAAGACAAAGAGUGUAAAUCAAAGCUAGAGACAUUCGCUUAAAUAUGUGUGCCAUGCGUGUCACCAGCCGCAAUUGCUCACAACAUCAUCUCAUACCAUUUUGGAGUUUGUAAUCAAACUAUCAUUGCCAUCUUGAAAGUGCAGCCUUGUAAUGUACAGUAGGAGUUAAUGUACAACUGAUAAACGGAAUUCUAUUAUACAUCGAUGCAACAAAAAUGCAAUGCGCUAAUGCGGUGAACACAUGCCUGGAGCAAUCGUACCGUUUUUUGAAAAGUAAGAAAAAGAAAAGGAAGACAAAGCAUCAUCAAUGCAACAGCCAGCAGUAGGCAAUUCUAAGCGAUUAGAAUUUUAAUUGAUUGAUAAAAAAAAUGCGCCCAUCAUAUUGAGAGUAACGUGGACUCGCAGGCGGUCGUGCGAAAUGCAUGAUUUAAUCAAACGCUUAGCUAUUUUUAAAUCAAUAAUGGUAUCCAUGGGAAUGGUAAGAGCAGGGAGUGUGCAGAGCCCUGCAUAAUUACACAGAAUUUAAACAAAUCAAUGCUGCAAUUGGCAUACGUUACACACAAUCUUCUUAGCGCUUCGUGUUGUACCACUAAACUUACUCCAUUUUCAGCAUCCAACGGUUUAAAGAGUAGAAUUUCAUGCGUUCGAACAGUCGGUGGUAACAAUCAAUCCCAAAGCCAACUAAAUUGUAGGAGAAACGAGGUGCACCAGCUGUGUAGCGAAACAGCCGUAUCAGAUAGCGAGAAGAUAGUCUCCAACGCAGGGUUUCUAACGAAUAUUUUACCAUGUCCGGGAUCUUCGUCUAGAUAUACUUUGUUUGCCCAGCUGUAAUCAACAGACACACACACACACACACACACGCAUUCCAUCCGAUUCGAAUGACCGAGACAUUAGGACAUUGCGGAACAUGGGAAUCGAAGGAAGGAAAGAAGAAAUGCAACGUUUUUAAUUUUACAACCGCUAAGCACAUUUAGACGAACAAAAGAAAUACUAUUGCUUUGUACUAAAAAAAAAAGCGCUGGACUGACUUUCUUCAGCUUAUCGAAGAAGUGAAAACAUGAACGAGAAACGGAUAACAGUGAAGAGCUAGCGCUACUAAACUCUCGGCCAUGGGAAAUUACCGUGGUUAACAUUUGUGAAAAUGUGAAGGUGAAGGUCGAAAAUAAAUCCGCAGCAAACAUGGAACAAAUGAAACAAAACAAAUCGUCCGUGAAUUACGUUUUCUUUCAGAAGUAGGGGAUAACAUUUAAACUGUCAACUA